AUGAGUCAAGAAAAUCUGUUCAGCGGUUUGAAGAUCAUCAGCUCUUUUCUAGUUGAUGAAGAAGACACUGUGAUUGUUGUGGCGACAGCAGACACUGUGAUUGGUGUGGCGACAGCAGACACUGUGAAUGGUGUCCCGACAGAAGACACUGUGAUUGCAGACACUGUGAUUGGUGUCCCGACAGAAGACACUGUGAUUGGUGUACAGACAGCAGGCACUGUGAUUGGUGUGACAACAGCAGACACUGUGAUUGGUGUCCCGACAGAAGACACUGAGAUUGGUGUGACAACAGCAGACACUGUGAUUGGUGUCCCGACAGAAGACACUGUGAUUGUUGUGGCGACAGCAGACACUGUGAUUGCAGACACUGUGAUUGGUGUACAGACAGCAGGCACUGUGAUUGGUGUGACAACAGCAGACACUGUGAUUGGUGUCCCGACAGAAGACACUGUGAUUGAAGACACUGUGAUUGGUGUGACAACAGCAGACACUGUGAUUUGUGUGCCGACAUCAGACACUGUGAUUUGUGUGCCGACAGCAGACACUGUGAUUGGUGUACAGUCAGCAGGCACUGUGAUUGGUGUGCCGACAGCAGACACUGUGAUAGCAGACACUGUGAUUGGUGUACAGACAGCAGGCACUGUGAUUGGUGUGACAACAGCAGACACUGUGAUUGGUGUCCCGACAGAAGACACUGUGAUUGGUGUGACGGCAGCAGACACUGUGAUUGGUGUACAGUCAGCAGGCACUGUGAUUGGUGUGACAACAGCAGACACUGUGAUAGGUGUGCCGACAGCAGGCACUGUGAUUGCAGACACUGUGAUUGGUGUCCCGACAGAAGACACUGUGAUUGUUGUGGCGACAGCAGACACUGUGAUUGGUGUGGCGACAGCAGACACUGUGAUAUGUGUGCCGACAGCAGGGACUGUGAUUGAAGGCACUGUGAAUGGUGUGGCGACAGCAGACACUGUGAUUGGUGUGCCGACAGAAGGCACUGUGAAUGGUGUGGCGACAGCAGACACAUUGAUUUGUGUGCUAACAGCAGACACUGUGAUUGCAGACACUGUGAUUGGUGUGACCGCAGCAGGCUCUGUGAUUGGUGUACAGACAGCAGGCACUGUGAUUGAAGACACUGUGAUUGGUGUGACGGCAGCAGACACUGUGAUUGGUGUACAGUCAGCAGGCACUGUGAUUGGUGUGACAACAGCAGACACUGUGAUAGGUGUGCCGACAGCAGGCACUGUGAUUGCAGACACUGUGAUUGGUGUCCCGACAGAAGACACUGUGAUUGUUGUGGCGACAGCAGACACUGUGAUUGGUGUGGCGACAGCAGACACUGUGAUAUGUGUGCCGACAGCAGGGACUGUGAUUGAAGGCACUAUGAAUGGUGUGGCGACAGCAGACACUGUGAUUGGUGUGCCGACAGAAGGCACUGUGAAUGGUGUGGCGACAGCAGACACAUUGAUUUGUGUGCUAACAGCAGACACUGUGAUUGUUGUGGCGACAGCAGGCACUGUGAUUGCAGACACUGUGAUUGGUGUGACCGCAGCAGGCUCUGUGAUUGGUGUACAGACAGCAGGCACUGUGAUUGUGGACAUGGUGACAGGGGGACAGGGGGGCCAGGGAGGACAAGGGGGGAGGCGCGCGGAGGAGAAAGUGCAGCCAACCCGACGGCGCGGCAGGACUCGCGAGCUGUUAUCCUUGGCACGGCCGGCUCGCGGGUUUCUCUCUCCAUUACGUAAGUGCUGCAUCAGUCCGAGUGGCGGUGGACCGGCGGGCCGGGUUGCCCGCCAGGACUCAGUUGCCCCGGCCGCCGCGACAGGGAGCCAGCGCGCCGCUGCUGACCUGCCCAUAAGGUACCUGCCCGGGGCUCCGUGA